AUGACUAAAGAUUGUUUUAAAAUGAUAAUGAAAAUAUUGAAUACUAUAAGAACAAUAAUUUAUAUUAAUCUAAAUUAUUGUGAUAUAUCUCAGAUAGAUGGAUCAAUGAUUAUAAAUUCAUUAAAAGAAAAUCAAUUAUUGCGUGUUCUUGAUAUUAGCAAGAACAAAAUAGGUGAUGCAGGUGCUCUAGCUCUUGCAGAAUUAUUAAAUAUAUUAAAUAGUUUAAUGGAAGUUAAUAUGAUUGGAAAUGAAAUAACAUCAAAAGCUGGAAGUGAAAUUGGAAAAAUAUUAAAAACAAAUAGAACAUUAAUCAAUAUUGAUCUUACUUAUAAUAAAAUUGAUGAUGAUGGUAUUUUAAUUUUUGCUGAUUUAUUAAAAAUAACUAUAAUAUUGAAAAUUUUUAAUUUAAGCCGUAAUUGUUUUACAGAUAAAAGUGCUAUUGCUCUUAUUGCUGCAUUAAAAGAGAAUAAUAGUAUAAUUUAUCUUGAUAUAAGUAUCAAUGAUAUAACCGAUGAUGUGGUCUUGGUGCAAAAUAUCGAAAGGAAAAUGUCGAUAAAAAAAGAGCAAAACGUCGAAGAGGAAAAUGUAGAAGAGCAAAAUGCCGAAAAGGCAAACGUCGAAAGCAGAUAA